GCAGGCAAGCCAGUGGAGAGAGAUUUCUGUCUCUCUCUCUCUCUCUCUCGCUCUCUUCGCUAAAUCCCUCUUCGGAGUGGCCAAAUCAUGGGUCAGGGAACGCCCGGCGGCCUGAACCGGCAAGGCCUGGGGGGCGACCGGAAGAACGAGGGGGAUAAGAAGGACAAGAAGUUCGAGCCGGCGGCGCCGCCCGCUCGCGUCGGCCGGAAGCAGCGCAAGCAGAAGGGGCCAGAGGCGGCCGCCCGCCUCCCGACGGUGACGCCACUGACGAAGUGCAAGCUCCGACUGCUGAAGCUGGAGCGGAUCAAGGAUUAUCUGCUCAUGGAGGAAGAGUUCGUGGCCAACCAGGAGAGGUUGAAGCCCCAAGAGGAGAAGACCGAGGAGGAUCGCUCCAAGGUCGACGAUCUGAGGGGCUCGCCCAUGAGCGUCGGCAAUCUGGAGGAGCUAAUCGACGAGAAUCACGCCAUCGUUUCGUCGUCGGUGGGGCCGGAGUACUAUGUGGGGAUUUUGUCGUUCGUCGAUAAGGAUCAACUCGAGCCUGGAUGUGCCAUCUUGAUGCACAAUAAGGUUCUCUCUGUUGUUGGCCUUCUCCAAGACGAAGUUGAUCCAAUGGUAUCGGUGAUGAAGGUUGAGAAGGCGCCUUUGGAGUCAUAUGCUGACAUAGGUGGGUUGGAUGCACAGAUCCAGGAAAUCAAAGAAGCAGUCGAACUCCCUCUGACACACCCUGAAUUGUAUGAAGACAUUGGUAUCAAACCUCCCAAGGGGGUCAUACUAUAUGGAGAACCGGGAACAGGCAAGACCUUACUUGCAAAGGCAGUUGCGAAUUCUACCUCAGCAACUUUCUUGCGUGUUGUUGGAAGUGAGUUGAUCCAGAAGUACCUGGGAGAUGGCCCAAAGUUAGUGAGGGAACUCUUCCGGGUUGCUGAUGAUCUCUCGCCUUCAAUUGUGUUCAUUGAUGAAAUUGAUGCAGUUGGUACAAAAAGGUACGAUGCUCACUCAGGCGGUGAACGUGAAAUUCAGAGGACCAUGUUGGAACUGCUGAACCAAUUGGACGGGUUUGAUUCAAGAGGAGAUGUUAAGGUGAUUCUUGCAACAAACAAAAUUGAAAGCCUUGAUCCUGCUCUGCUUCGACCUGGUCGAAUAGAUAGAAAGAUAGAAUUCCCACUUCCUGACAUUAAAACAAGAAGGCGCAUUUUCCAGAUACACACAUCGAGAAUGACUUUGGCUGAUGAUGUCAACUUGGAAGAAUUUGUUAUGACCAAGGAUGAAUUUUCUGGAGCUGAUAUAAAGGCAAUAUGUACUGAAGCUGGUUUGCUUGCUUUAAGAGAGCGACGAAUGAAGGUUACUCAUCCAGAUUUCAAAAAGGCCAAAGAUAAGGUCAUGUUCAAGAAGAAAGAGGGCGUGCCAGAAGGCCUCUACAUGUGAAAAUGCUCUGUUUUUUCCUCCGGAAAUUGUUACGUGUGUGAAUGUUUCUCUAAAUUUAUGACUUAUGGGGACAAUUUCUUUUCUUUGGUAAGCAUUUGCCAUUUGGCUAUGAAUGAUGAGGCCAGCAAUCUCUCGUUAAA